CAGUUGUGACUGGUGUCAAUUUUCAUGGUAGAAGAUCGAUUCCUGACAUAAAUAAUAAAACACAGUCUAAAUUCCUAACAACAUGGCCGACGACGACUUAGACGCUCUCCGAGCUAGAAGAAUGGCAGAACUCCAGUCCCAGAUGGGUGGAGGCCCUGGCGGGGGUGACAAGGAUCAGGAAGAGAAGGCUCGUCAGAUGGAAGAGAUGAAACAUGGCAUCCUCAGUCAGGUCCUAGACCAAUCUGCCAGGACGAGAUUGAACACUAUAGCAGUGGCUAAGCCAGAGAAGGCCAAGAUGAUUGAAGGCAUGUUGAUACAGAUGGCUCGGAGCGGACAGAUACAGGGAAAGAUAGAUGAAACUCAACUCAAGGGACUUUUAGCACAAGUGAAUGAAAGAACAAAAAAGACUACGACUGUGAAGUUUGACAGAAGAAGAGCGGCAUUAGAUAGUGAUUCCGACUGACACGGCUCACCUCAUAGAUUUUUACAUGGUCACGCUUCUGUAUAGGAACAUUCUUUUUAUUGUGAUAUAUGAGAGUGUAAACUGUAGAAUGUUAUGUUAGGAUAUUGGUGUAGGAGAGCCGUAUAACAACAAUGACGGAGAUGAAGAAACAUCAACCAAAGAAAGUCCAAUAAAUAUUUUAAGCAUCCAUUGAAUGUGGAGGAUAUGUUUUAGAAAAAAAACACUGUGAAGUGAUGAGAGCAAAGAAUAUCAGGAUUAAGUGUGGGUUUUUAUUUGUUUAGAGAAUGUUUAGAUUAAUAAUUAGGGUAUAUAUUGCUUACCGUCUUCCAGUUGUCAAUCAAACAAUCACUUGAACAGUUAUAGGAUUAAAUUUUGUUAAUAAGUAAUAGCACAUGGUUAAUCUUAAACUUAGUCUGUCUUUAUAACUUGUUCUGCAAUCUGUCACUUAGGCUCAUCUUUUAAAAUGACUUUUGUUGAGGUUAUGUUAAAGCAUUUGUAUCGUAUUAUUGUCAUUGUUCUGCAAAAACGUCAAUGUUGACAACAACCUGAAAGCCUGUACAAAAAUUCAUAGGAGAAUGUAUAUGCAUGUUUCUAAUGUGUAGCAAGUAUCACUCUGGUUUAUUUAUAUACAAGUACAUCAUAGUUGUUCAGUUAUCUCCCUUUAUAAGUGAGGAAAAUGGACAAACAUUUGCAGCCGCUUGAGAUUCCCUUAAAUCUAUUUUUGCCAUGCAAAAGUGCUUAUAGAAAUAUUUUAUUGAGUAGUACAAGUUAUAUUUCUGACCACAAUGGAAUGAUUUGGCUUAACACCCAAUCGAACAUAUGUCAUUUAUUGAAAUCCUCCAUGGAAUGACCUUGGCACUAUUGUUUUACGCCACUGCUUUUGAGUGUUCAUAUCGGUUGUCAAACCUUUUUUUGUAUUUCCUAUGUUUGCAUAUAUAAAGUUCUAAAAUUUCUAAAACA